UGUCAUCAGUUACGGCUAUUUUCACUUCUUUUGUGGAUCUUCAGUUGUGAUACCCUACCUUGUUUUAACCUGAACUGACUCUCCCUUAGCUGAGAGAGCCAGACAAACUCCAUUUUGGCUCCUUCACUUGCCGCCCCUUACCCACCCCCCUUCCUCAAGGACUUAACUUGUGCAAGCUGACUCCCAGCACAUCCAAGAAUGCAAUUAACUGAUAAGAUACUGUGGCAAGCUAUAACCGCAGUUCCCAGGAAUUCGUCUGGUUGAUAGUACCCUAAGCCCCCACAUUUGUGUCUGGUUGAUGGUACCCAAAGCCCUCGUGUCUAUCACCCUGUGAUAGAUUUAAAGCCCCUGCACCUGGAACUGUUCGUUUUUCCGUAACCAUUUGUCUUUUUGAACUUUUUUUUGCCUGUUUUACUUCUGUAAGAUUGCUUCAGCUAGGCUCCCCCUCACCUUUCUAAACCAAAGUAUAAAAGAAAAUCUAACCCCUUCUUCGGGGCCGAGAAAAUUUUGAGUGCUAGCCGUCUCUCGGUCGCCGGCAAUAAAGGACUCCUGAAUGAGUCUCAUAGUGUGGCAUUUCUCUACAACUCGCUUGGUUACAACACAGUUGCUUCAGGCCGUCUGGAUGUAUAUGUGCAGGUCACAGGAAAUAUGAUGGCUUAGCUUGGGCUCAGAGGCCUGACACCUCAGGCUGCCAAAUGUGGAAGAUUUACAUACUUGAACCAAUACCCUCCUCCCAAAAACUGAAAUUGGCUUCUAUUUCUGAGUUGGUCCAGGUGCAAUGUUCAGCGUAUUUGAGGAAAUCACAAGAAUUGUAGUUAAGGAGAUGGAUGCUGGAGGGGAUAUGAUUGCUGUUAGAAGCCUCGUUGAUGCUGAUAGAUUCCACUGCUUCCAUCUGGUGGGGGAGAAGAGAAUUUUCUCUGGAUGCCGGCACUACACGAGCCUCACCCUGAUGGACAUUCUGGACACAGAUCGGGACAAGCGGUUAGAUGAACUGGAUUCUGGGCUCCAAGGUCAUCAAAAGACUGAGUUUCAAAUUCUGGAUAAUGUAGACUCAAAGGGAAAGUUGAUAGUGAAAUUGCCCAAAAAAAUAACAAUUUCAGGCAGCUUCCAGGGCUCCCACGAUCAGAAAAUUGAGAUAUCUGAGAACCGGAUAUCCCAGCAGUAUCUGGAUACCCUUGAGAACAGGAAGCUGAAGAGGGAACUACCCUUUUCAUUCCGAUCAAUUAAUAGGAGAGAAAACCUGUAUCUGGUGACAGAAACUCUGGAGAUGGUAAAGAAGGAAACCCUGAAAAGCGACCGGCAAUAUAAAUUUGGGAACCAGACUUUUCAGAGCCAUCUCAGCUAUGAACACAAGGGCCAAAGGGAAGUGACCAUCCUCCCAAAUCGGGUCCUGAGCUAUCGAGUAAAGCAGCUUGUCUUCCCCAACAAAGGAGACGAUGAAUAAGCAAAGGCUGAUGGGGAACAGGAUUGGGAGGACAAAACAAAAUCCUUUCCAGAAGCAAAGUCUUUGGGUUCGGAGGAUUCCAGAAACAUGAAGGAGAAGUUGGAGAACAUGGAAAGUGUCCUCCAGGAACUGACGGAGGACAAGAGGAAAGAUGUACUAAACUUCCUCACUAAGUGCCUCGGCAGGGAGGAGCUUCGGCAGGAUCUAGAGCAAAGAGUAUCUGAGGUCCUGAUUUUCGGGGAGCUGCAGAUGGAGGACCCAGUCAAUCCUCUCCUAAGCAGCCUUUUUAAUGCUGCUGGGAUCUUGGUAGAAGUGCAUGCAGAAGCCAUUCUGGACUUCCUGGAUGCCUUGCUAGAGCUGUCUGAGGAGCAGCAGCUUGUGGCUGAGGCCCUGGAGAAGGGGACCUUUCCUCUGUUGAAGGACCAGGUGAAACCUAUCAUGGAGCAGAACUGGGAUGAGCUGGUCAGCAGUCCUCAUGACAUGGACUAUGACCCUGAGGCACGAAUUCCCUGUGCACUGUAUGUUGUUGUCUCUAUCCUGCUGGAGCUGGCUGAGGGGCCUACCUCCGUCUCUUCCUAACUACAAAAACCCUUUCUCCCCACAAGCCUCUGGGUUCUCCCUUCACCGGUCUGUCCUUACUGCCAUCGUCACUACCAUCCUGUUACCAGCGGGACCUCUUUAAAACAAGCAGCCAACCAUUCUUUGAUGUAUCCCAUUCACUCCGUGUUAACGUCCGAAAUCAGCCUGGAUUUUAUGCUUCUAAUUAAAAGUGGCAGGUUGUGCAUGUUAA